UUUCUUACUGCAAACGUCACUGUGUUUACCCGGAAAUGAGAGCCUUGCUAAAUAACUGCUGUCAACAUUUCUAAUUUACCGUUUUUUUAGCGCAAUUAAAUAUUAAAUUACCACAAUCUGACUGUAUGCUCUUGACUGAGAAUGUACAGCGGACUCUUGCCCAAAGGUUUAACCGAAGACGACCUCAGUCCAGAUGACGAGGAGGAGGAUGUUGCCGUGGAGAAGAGGAGGGAGGGUGACAGCUCUGCAGGAAAGUUGAGCUGUGCCGGGGAAAACACGGACUCAGUGGUGGAGGCACAGGCGACUCACUCUGCCAGUGAUGCAGACAGUGAUUCACCGACAUGCAGCAUGCCCGGUAUAUCCCAGGAAAUGUGGCAAAAAUUCCAGGAUUUACGGAAGAAGAAUGACGAAAUGAAAAUUAUAAAGGUCCCCAGAAAAAGAAAAAGAAGACGGCACAAAAAAGGAACAGAAAGUGACAAACCUACAAACACAAGCAGAGAGCGUCAGGAGGAGCGGGAGAAGCACUGGGAUGAGCUUAAGCAGUAUUUUGGUGUAAAUGAUCGAUUUCAUCCCCCUGCAUGUUCCAAACCCCCUCCGAAGUCCGGCCUAGAAAAGAGCAUAGAGAGGGCCAUAGCUGAAGGGGACAUUGCAAAGGCGGAGGAGAUGAGCGACAGACUCGCCACUCGAGAGCUGGCCGUGAAUAUCGCUCAAGCCGCUGAUUGCCGUGACUUCGUGCAACGCAAACAGGAAGAGGAAGCUUUGAGGGCAGCGCAGAAAAGGAAGAAGGAAAUAACCUGGGGGUUUGAGGCUAAAAAACGAUGGGAAACCAAAAGCAACAUGGGCUUCAUGUGACAAACACGGAGGAGACAGAGACAGACUGUGAUUUAAUUCUAUAAAAGUUGUGUGUUUUUUUUAUUUUUAUGGCGGACCAAUCCUGUUUCUUUUUAUUCUCGUUGUAUAUUUUGAAGACUUCACAACAGCUGAGUAUGCGGCAGGGAAAAAGUCACACAGUUGACUGAGGAAAAACCAAUCCGGAGACUACAAGAGGGAGAAAAAUUAUAGAGCAUUCAAAUUAAUUCCUAAGGCGCCCAUUGGUGUCUGCAUUGUGUUAUUUUUCAUUACAUUUCAGUGAUUUGAGAGUUUUGUCCUUUUUUUCCCCCCCUUCAAAUUAAAUCUGGUGUACAUUA